AUGACGAACGUCCUUCAUCAUCCAUCAGAACCGCAAGGCAUAUCGCCGUCACAUCAGAUCGCCACUAACACCCCAAAGCUAAGCAAUAGCAAACGAAACAAAUCGGACAAGAUCCCAAAGCGACAACCAGGCGGAUCGCGACAAUUUGACAGUUUGCAAAACUUACUAGAACAAGCAGGAUACAAAGAAACACGAAUCUUUACACCAGUCCAUAAGAAAACCCCACCUUCUCCACCAGAAACAUCCGCAUCACAAGCAGGCGCUCAAAGGCCACAUACGAUCGCAAUACCGAUCGAAGAAAGUAGUAUGCCAGCAGAAUCAAGCGCAUCGACUUCCUCUUCAUAUACCCUAGCAUCUGAUCAAAAAGAUGGUGAUGAAGAGUAUGUCAACAAUCUAAAGGCAAUCGCUGCUACAUCUUCUUGGUUUCAAUCUUCGUGGAUUCCAUCAAAGCAGAACAAGAAAGAACCAGCUUUGAAGAAGAAACAAAGCGAGCCAGCUAUACAUAGCCUUCAAAGACGCUCCAGUGCAUGGUCUUUAUGGUUUGGCGGAUCUGGCAAAGGUAUUGAGCAGGCUGAUGAACAAGUUUCACCGAAAGAGCGCGAUGUAUCCCCGGCUCCUGUCUCAGAACCACCUCUCGAGAGACCACCACUCCGACAUGCAUCUUCUACCAAAGAUCUAUGGCAAGCCAGCAUGAAACAUCAUCGUGGAAAAGAAACGGGAGGGAGAAAAGUAUUGCAUAAGUGCAGAUCGGUAUCAGCCAAGAGCAUGAACGAUGCACCUUCGCCAAGAAGGAAACAAAUGAUGAGACAACAAAGUUAUGAUGGUGCACGUGUGGUUGCUGGAGUUGGCGUUCGAGCAGCAUCGAUCACAAGCUCAACGAUUGAUUUUGUUUCAUCCAAUAGCGUCUUUAUGCGAUCUGAACCGAGACGGGUCAGUUUGCGACAGGCUUUCGGUGAAGAUGCUGGUGAUGACUUGAAGUCGAAAGAGGUGCAAUCACCUCCAGCAGUCGAGCCGCAAUACAUAUCUCCUACAAAGAAGGAAAACCGUGAUAGCGUCAGUAGCUUUGGAGACGUGGAAGAACUAUCGAAAGAGAGCGAGGUGCAAGAAACGGUGGUAACUCCUACAGAAGCCAACACUCCCUUGAAUCUAUUCUCCACCGUUGCGACUCCGCUCGUGUCAAGAGAUGACGCAGUUGCUAUGCGUAACAUUGGCUGUCUCGACUUUGAAGCUGGUAGACCUGAUUUGAUAUCAAGCAAGAGCGAUGAUGUCUCUACCGCAAAUCGAAUACGCAAGAUGCGUAGCGUUGACGCAUUGGAAUUUGCACUUCAACGUAUGCAAUCUGCUGAACGAACGUUUGGCAACAGCGGUAUUCAACGUACGGCCAUUCCCGAAAGCUCUUCGAUUGAAUCGUUCACUCAAGAAGAUUUCGCCAAUGCAACUUCAACUGAUUUUGACAUUCCACAUGCCUUCGAGGAGGUGGGAAACGCUAUCGAACAAGACGAGGAAGCCGUUCCAGUCAGAUGUCUUACGCCAAGUUUGAUGAUCACUUCGCCUACAGGUGCUCGGCCUCCGCAACCUUUGGUUUUGGAUGGUAUUGAAUUUGAGCCUAGAAGUAUCUCUCCCAAAGCUGCUGUACAGACAAUUAGUAGACCAGUGCCUAGACGAGGUGGAUGGAAGAUCAUUGCACGAACAGACUCUAGCGAGAAUGAACAGCCAAAGCAAUCUGUUCCCGCUUCAGAAGACAGUAGAGGCCGAGCUACAGAAAGUAAGGAACUCAAUGGCGAUCAGAUCAGGAGACCUACAGCCAGUCGUAGAGGUGGUGUAUCACGUCCAAAAGCAAUUCGACCACAUGGAUCAAAAGAACACCUUCAAGCUCCAACGCUACGAAAGAAAGCCGCUACCAAAAGCUGUCAUAAUCUUGGUCAAUCGGUCAGAUCAGACAUUCACAAGAUCAGAGCAGCAACGGGAAAGCUUUCUGGAUCCGAACAAGUGCGAGCUUUGCAAAGAAGUGUUCAGAGACGUGAACGUGCUGAUGUCCAAUAUACAGAAGUCAUUCCUUCUUCACCUACAGAAGUGGAUGAUGAUGAUCCGUUUAGCGAUUUUGUUGCAUUGACUCAAGAGAUAAAAUCAAGAAGCUCUUCUAGAUCAUUACGAUCCAUGAGCGAGUCUCAUUCAGCACAAAUCGAUCGAUCAAAAAUGUCACCAGUUCCGUUCAAUCAAAAAAGUCGAUCGCCACUUGGAGAGAAUCGCUCUGAGAGCAAUUCUUCGUCGUCAGAUGAGCCAUUGAGGAUGGCAAAGUCAUCUAUCUCUACCCAUGAGAAAGCAAAACCAGCUUCACAAAUAACCGGAGGCGUUGGUUUGGCAUGCCUUGUAGAUCUUAAUCAAAAGAACAAGACAUUGAUCGCAAAAGUCAUUCAACCCAAAGUAAGACAAUCAAGUCUUGCAAAUCUUUCCAAAAACAAUUUCACAAGUUCGAAAAACGAAAACAAAAUUACCAUGGAUCAGCAUAACACUUCAUUCGGAAUGAUCGGAGACGAAAAUGUAAACACUUUACUAGAUUCUCCUACAGCUCGAGCCGGUUAUCGUGCAAUCGCAAAGAGGCGAAGCACUGGUAAUCUGCGAUGA